AUGAAGCUAACAUUGGCCAUCUUCGCUAUUCUCUCUGCCAUUGCGGCCGUCGCUGCUGUCGACAUCCGUGGCUAUAGUCAGCAUGGCUGCUGGGGCUACUACUUUGUCUGCCACAACAUCCCAUCGAACGCCUGUUGCAAUUUCCCCCUCAAAGCACGCUCCAUGCGUUGGACUCUUCCCACUGGAACCCGUGGAAUUGGUCAGGUUCGUAAACACUGCAGUUGGAACUACCCCAUCGUAUAUGGCCCCCGCUACAGCUCCUGCGUCAACUACAACGGCCUCCUCGGCGUCCGUUCCGGCCGCUGGCAACAGGGUAUCUGCAAAUGGACCUUCCGCCGCAGUGUCCUCCUCGAGCGCCAAGACGAGGUCUGCCAAAUCUCCGAGGGCUGUAUCGACCCCGAUGUCUUUGUGUACACGACCGAGACCGGCGCAAACAGGACGGUUACUGUCGAUCCGGGUACUGCUGAGACUGUGGCUAAGAUGGCGGAGGCGGGCGAUAUGAAGGGGAUGGCGAAUCUUACGGACUUUAAGGGAGAGUUGGAUACUACCCCCAGCGUGGACCUUUAUGACUUUGAGGAGCCGAAGGAGGGUGAUGUGGAGAAUGAAUAA